UUCUCACCCAUAGUGAAUUUCUGUUGUGUGGGGUGGGAUGGAUGGGGGGGGGGGAUUUCUGCUUGGGGCCCCACCAGACCCUAGAAUCGCCUCUGCCUGCGCGCACCGGGAUGUAUUGAGCAUGCGCAGAAUAAAAGGCCAGUGAGUUAGUGGGUGUCAGAGGCCAAAGAGACAACGGUGUGUCAGUUAUUUUCUCCCGUGAAUAUUAGCCAUUAGCUGCUGCUAGUUAGCCACUGUGGUGACUGUACACGCGAUAAACUGCUGCGGAAAAUGUCUAACGCUACAGGUUAUGGGCCCAGUCAGGCAGGCCACAAGUGGCUGAGACUUUUAUUCGACGGUGACGAGAAAAGUUACGAACUCUGGGAAACAAGGUUCCUCGCGCACAUGGAGUUGCGUGGUCUCAGAGAUGUUAUCCUGGAGGAUCCGGAGAUAGAUUCGGCCGACGAAGGAGCUCUCGCGGAAGAUGAGGCAAAGAACGGAGAGGCUUAUGCAGAGCUCAUGCAAUGUCUGGACAACAAGAGUUUGUCAUUGGUAAUGAGAGAUGCGAAACGUGAUGGAAGAAAAGCACUGAGGAUUCUUCGUGAGCACUACGCAGGAAAGGACAAACCCCGCGUUGUGAGUUUAUACUGUGAACUUUCCUCGCUCUAUUAAGCUAGCAAUGAAACAGUUACUGACUAUAUAAUUCAAGCAGAGACUAUAUUCAUGUCAUUAAGAAAAGCAGAUGAACAAAUAAGUGAUGGACUUCAGAUAGCAAUGGUAGUAAAAGGGCUACCUGAGUCAUACAAGCCGUUCGUAGUGCACAUCACACAGACAAAUGAUGUUGUAAUGUUCGGUGAGUUUAAAACGAAACUACGAAGUUAUGAGAGUACAGAGAAAUAUGGGAGAAGUGAUGUGAAUGUGGAAGACAAGGUAAUGAAGACUAGCAGGGCAACAAAAGCACGUGGUAGAGGACGUGGAAAGAAAAUGGACUUGGCUGAUGUCGAGUGUUAUACGUGCAGUAAAAAGGGACACAUGGCUAGGGCGUGUCCGGACAACACCCAACAGAGAAGAGAAGAUCGAAAGUGGGACACACCACGGCGAGGCAGAGGGCGCGGUCGAGGACGAGUCCGUGACUACGUGACGAAAGCUGAUGGAGAGGCUGAAGAAGAGUCUACAACCUUCUGUUUCUUCCAGAUAAGUGACUGUCCAAUACAGCAAGGAAACAAGAAGGGUCUCAUGGUCGACUGUGGCGCCACUUCACACAUGAUCAAUGACGCCACAAAGUUCAAAACAGUGGACAAGAGCAUCAGACCCGAGGACCACAAGCUUGAGCUUGCUGACGGGACCAAGGUGAGCGGGGUGGCGAAAAUAAGAGGAGACGCCGAGAUCUACUUGCUGGACAGCGAGGGACGACGAGUGAGAACAAGGCUCAAGCAAGCACUCUACAUCCCAUCAUUUCCACAGAACAUCUUUUCAGUCAAAGCGGCGACAGCCAACGGAGACGAGAUUCGCUUCAAGGACGGUGAUGACUGGCUGGUCAACAAGGAUGGUACAAAGUUCAAAAUGGAGGUGUAUGACCACCAGCCUGGAAGUCCUCUCCUCUGAAAAGCAAACUGUCCCCUCUCUGGAUUAUGACUGGAAGGAGCAGAAAGUGUACUGGAUAAACGGUGACGUUGUGAUGUGGACUACACUGGACCAGAAGAGCAGAGGAACACUAAUCCAAGGUGCAGCCUAACAUCUAAAUUAAGGUCUUUAAACACUGAAGUUGAAGAGAUGAAGUGUUGGAAUUUUGUGUCCUUGUAGGUGUGAAGACGGAGUGUAUAGCAGUUGAUUGGGUGGGCCGGAGCCUGCACUGGACAGACAAGGCAGCAAGGUUUACUGUUGGUCAACAGGGUGCCGGUGGAAAGUGUGCUACUGUUGCGCCAAAACAGAGAAGGAGAAAGAGAGUGGGGAGGCGUGUUAGGAGAGAGCGUGAAAGAUGGAAGGGAAGGAGCUUAGAAUUGAGGGUAGGAACACUGAAUGUGGGAACAUUGACUGGCAGAGUGAGAGAGUUAGCAGGUACGAUGGAAAGAAUGAAGUUGGACAUUUUGUGUGUGCAGGAGAUGAGGUGGAAAGGAAGCAAGGCCAAGAACAUUGGAGAUGGAUGCAAGUUGCUUUAUUAUGAAGUCGAUGGAAAGAGAAAUGGUGUUGGUAUUGUUUUGAGUUGGUCAACAGUGUGAUUGAUGUGAAGAGAGUGUCAGAUAGAGUGAUAGGCAUGAAGUUGGAGAUUCAAGGAGUGGUAAUCAAUGUUGUGUGCACGUACGCCCCACAGGUUGGAUGUGAGAACGAAGAGAAAGAGUCUUUCUGGGAAAAGAUGGAUGAAGUGGUAGAAAGUAUACCGAGGGAGGAGCGUGUGCUGAUAGGAGCAGAUUUCAAUGGACAUGUUGGCGAAGGAAACAGAGGAGAUGAGGAUGUGAUGGGCAGAUAUGGUGUAAGAGAGAGAAAUGUGGAAGGGCAAAUGGUUGUUGAUUUUUCAAAGAGGAUGAAUUUGGCAAUAGUCAAUACAUACUUCGAGAAGAAAGAGCAGCACAGGGUGAUGUUUAAGAGUGGAGGAAGAUCUACAAAGGUGGACCACAUACUCUGCAGAAGGGAUAACUUGAAGGAGAUUGGAGACUGUAAAGUGAUGGCAGAGGAGAGUGUAGCUAGACAACAUCGAGUGAUCGUGUGCAGGAUGAGCUUGAAAGUGAAACAGAGGAAGCGUGAAAUAGUGGCGCUGAAGAUUAAGUGGUGGAAACUAAAAGAGGUUGAACAUCAGAAGGAGUUUAGGGAAGAAAUGAGACAAGCAUUGAGUGGACAUGGAAGUCUGCCAGAAGCUUGGAAUACUACUGCUGUACUAGUAAGAGAGGCAGCAAGGAAGGUGCUAGGGUGGUCAUCGGGAAGGAGGAAGGAAGACAAGGAGACAUGGCAGUGGAACAAAGAAGUGCAGGAAAUUAUAAAAGAGAAGAGGCUAGCAAAGAAAAAUUGGGACGAUCAGAGAGACGAGGAAAGCAGGCGGUUAUACAGAGAGAUGAGACAGAAGGCAAAAAGAGCGGUAGCGAAGGCGAAAGCAGAUGCAUACUAGGAGUUGCAGGGAUGAGAAUUUUCUGCCAAUCGGCGGAUUUCCGACUUUUUCAGACCAAAAUGAUCGUUUUUGAGAUCGAUGUAAAUCCGUUGAGAAAUUUUCGGGGGUGGUAUGAUUAACGAUCUGUGGUCACCUUAUAACGCAGACAUCCCAAGUCUCCUGGAACUUCCGGGAGUCUCCUGCAUAUUGAUAGAAGCGAGCAAGAGCGUGCGCGUGCAACAUUAAGGUCUGCAUCACGCAUCUUAGAAUGUGCGCGCGCGAGGGAGACUGUGUGCCUGUUCAUGUAGCGCAUGCCAGACAAAGAGCAUCCUGAUUGGGUUACUCAGCAAAAUAAGCCAAUCAGCUUUCAGUGUGGGUGGGCUUUUAUCCGUUUUCUCGAGGACCGGAGUUUUCAGUUGAGUCAGUGCGGCCUACAGGAUCGGCAUGGCAGAGAGAGAGAGCGCACGCGCCCCAAAAAAACCAAAGUACAAAACCCACUUCACCUCAGAUUACACUAAAGAAUCUCCCUGUCUAAUAAUCUCCCUGUCUAAUAAUCUCCCUGUCUAAUAAGGGUCAACAAUAAUGACGGUUUCGCGCGAUGUACUGUUUGCAGCAGUGAUUUCAGCAUUGCCCAUGGUGGCUUAAAUGAUUGUAAAGGACAUGUUGAGGUGAGGAGUGUCAGUUCAUGUGCAUUAUAUUUAGGUCUACAACAGGCUGGCAUGAAAAGACCAAACUUAUUGAAGAUUUCC